AUGAAUGUUUUGAGGGCUGCCCUGAAGAAUGAGGAUGUUUACAUUCCUAGUGAACACUUGAAAAAGGACAAUCAAGAAAAGCGACAAACCCGUCCACCUUCUCCCGCCUUUAAUUACGCCGAUACCUCGCCGUACUAUUCCUCAGACGCCGAAAGUGAUACACCCCGAAAGAAAGCAAGAAAGUAUCGACUGCGUCUGCUGAAACGAAAUAGGAAGAAGAAAAAGAAGAAAAACAAGGCACCUCCUGAUGAGCCUUCCGUCGCCUCGGGUAAAUCUGGGAGAUCUGCAAAAUCUGGAAGAUCUGCUUCCCAGGAAAGAUCUACUGCGUCUUCCCGCAUUUCCAGAGUACUCAACCGGACCAACUCUCGCUCCAAUCGUCCUCCACCGAUGGAAGUCAGAGCUACAUCGGAUGGCUCUUCUACUGCCGACUCUACUCGCCGAACAAUGGCACACAGCAACAACAAAAGCAAAUUUCGAGUCAAGCCAAGCCAUGCCUUUCUAACGCCAACUUUUAUGACUGAAGCGGAAUUGUACAACUGCAUGAUGGAGCCAUCGGAGGAGUUUGAAUUCCUGACCUCCUACCUGAAUCCUUCCUCCAAGAUCACACGCAAAGUACAGGUAUCUGAUGUUGUACGACAACACUUUGGAAGCCCCCGGGAAGAUGGUCGAGUGGGAUCCAUACGGGUCGAAGUUUUGGGUUGUGUUGGUUUGGAUCGCAUCCGACCGGACGUGGCGGUGUACUUGGUAGCAGGAGACUGCGCCUUUACUACUGAUACGGUCACGGGGAAUCGAUCACCCAUGUGGCCCAAUUCCUGCAAACGAGCUUGCGUGUUUCCCCUGCACCAUGCAUAUGCCAAGUUGUUCAUCGGGGUCUUCGAUAUCAAGCAGAGGAAGAGUAGGUCAAGGACUACCGAAGCCGAUUUCUAUUGUGGACGAGUGUGCAUUGAUGUUCCACAGCUUCGCCCCGAUACCGAAUAUGACAUCACCUUUCCACUCCGUCAAUCCGCAUUUAUUUACGACCGGAGACCUCGGGGAGUUAUCAGGCUGCGAUUCUCCUUGCAUUGGUUCAGUGAGCGUGCAGUUCUUUUGUCCUAUCUGAAACGUCCUCGAAAUCCACUCGCCUUUUCCAGGCAGGCCAAGAAGUUUCCUACGAUUCCUUGUGGUGAUCCCAAGACCUUUCGUAAUGUGGCUAUGACGGUCCACGGAAGCGACUUUCCCGGAAAGUAUACCCGAGGUUCGUUUCGAGCGACAAUGAGAGAGUUCAAUUUGUACCAGCAGAAUUUACGUUUUCUUUUCAAGGUAACAAUUUGGGAUUCUGUGCUUUACGAAAAUCCGGUGAUGUCCCUGUACUUGUUUGUCUGCUCGAUGUACUCGAUUUGGCUCGACUCGGUUCGGUACGUCCCUGCCUUUGUGAGUGGGUGGAUCGUUUUGAACAUGAUAGAAAACUACAGGAGUCAUUGUGAAUCAACACCUGGCAAUUUGGGGUAUAAGCCAGUGACAAUCAAGGAAAUUUUUCUCGGUUUGGUGCAGAAGGAUAAGGGGAACAAACACUUCUUUCGCCCGAUUCAUGUCAAGAAGCGACCAAGGGGAGGUAUCUUGCUCGAUGAUGGGAAAAAGGGGGAUAUUGAACUGACGAAUCACCGAGAGUUUCCAUUCUCCGAGCGAUUUGAGUACCAUAAGUUUUCCGCUGCUGAGGCCAUUGCGCCAUCACCAGCAGAGAAGAAGAAGCAAAAGAAGGAUGGAGGAAGAGUCACCCAAGCGAGUGAGUUGCAGACAGCGAGGAGGCUGUCAAUCUUUAUGGCCCCUGUCGAUGACGAAUCAGAUCCCAGUUCAAGCAUUGAAUCUGAACCUGAUAGUGAAGAAGACAACGACAACGAAGACCGAGACGAAGAGGGAGUGAUGGAACAGGACGAUGAUUAUGAAGGCGAAGGCGAGGAUAGUGACGGUGAAAACUCUUAUGAAAAAGAAUCGCAACGAAGAAAGCAAAAGAAAACCGGAAACUUCAUGGGCAAUGGGGAAGCAACUUUGACACGCCGAAUCCGUGUUGGCCCGAAUCAAGACAGUGAUAAGAAGGGCCAAAAGAAACCACCACAAGUGCAACUUGCUAGAGUUGAACAUAUGUUUCACAAAUUGACAAAGAAUAUAUCCGUGGAACAUGUUCAUUUCCCUCCUCCACACGUUCAAAUUCAGCUCAACCAAUUUAGUGCCAAGGGUCCAGCAUCUGAUGUUAUUACUCAGAAAGAGAAGCAGAACUUUGACGAAUUCGACAAGUUGCUCGGAUUUCGAACCAAGAAUGCAAAUCCAAUUGUGCGCAUCACAUCCUCUUUCCUUGGGCCUCUCAUGCGAAUCGUUCGGAUUACCAUCUAUAUUACACGUAUCUCGUUCAAUGUGACCACCUGGAGAGAUCCAUACUUGACAUUCUGGUUCUUUUCGUUCUUUGUCCUCUUAACAAUCAUUUUGCUCAUAUUCCCGUGGCGAACAUUUUUCUUUUUGUCGACGGUGGUAUUUUUGGGUCCUCAGAACAUCCUGGUUCGGAUGUAUCUCGAAAAGAAGGCAAAAGAUAAGGAAGAAUUAGAGAUCCAAGCGGCAGAGAGAGAAAAGGCUUUGGAGGAAGCAGAAAAGCGGAAUUCAGUGCUGGAACACGUUCCUGCCGAAACAUUUCUAGCCCCAACACCUGAGAAAGAAGAGGAGAAACCGUCAAAGUCAUUAUGGGGUCGAUCCAGAAAGAAAUCGGAAGACAUGGGCGAUGAAUUGACGGAAGCAGAACUAUACCAGUCUCCUCGGCCAGCGUUUAGUGCAAAUGAUCGAGGUGCCAAAAGAAGUCAGAUUCCACGUGAUAUCGCUGUCCCUUACUUUCGAUUUCGAAAAGAUCGAUUUUAUGACUGGCCACCUGACCCAACAGUAUCUCGAGCCACACCCUUACACACUGUAGUCGAAAAGGAUUUCGUUCUUGAGUCUCAGCAGAACGAGUAUGACACCUUAGACGCGGAUAUCCGGAGCAGUUACUCUGAAUUUCGGGCCCACAAGCCACAUCAUCAUCAGAGGAAAAACAGCCUCGAUAAUGAUGCGAAUUUUGGUUACGGGUACUAA